UGCCUUGCACUACAAAAGCAAAAGCGCGUGAAGGCAAACAUAACAAUAAUAAUAAUAAUAGAGUUGCCAAGAUAGCAUACACCACAAAACCCACUUUUUAUCAUUCGCUAAUCACUCUCUUCGCCAACCAAAUUUGCAGCAAAAUUAUAGAGAAGAUUUACAUUCUGUUGUUAUAGGGGUUAAGUGUCGAUGCUUGGGUUUUAUUUUGUUAAAUGGUGAUAUUGAACACUUCAAUUACUGCUUGGAUCGGUCACCUUCUUGCUUGCAUGGGUGGUUGUUUUGGAUGCUGUGCUAAACCCACACCAAUUAUUGCUGUGGAUGAGCCAUCAAAAGGAUUAAGAAUACAAGGGCGGGCAGUGAAGAAACCUAGUGUAUCAGAUGACUUUUGGAGCACCAGCACAUGUGAUUUGGAGAACAGUGCUAUCCAAUCUCAGAGAAGUGUCUCCUCAAUUAGUGUAUCCAAUGCAAAUCUCUGUAUUGGAACUAGUGGCACAAGCAGCACUUCUGAAUUUGUAAAUCAGGGUUUUCUUCUCUGGCAACAGAGCAGGCUUCAAUGGACUGGAAAUAACAAUUCCAGGGGUAAAACCCACUAUAGAUUGGAACAUAGAUUAAGUUGGAAUGCAACUUAUGAAGGUUUACUUGGAAGUAGAAAUCCUUUCCGUCGGCCCAUUCCUCUCUCUGAAAUGGUUGAUUUUCUGGUUGACAUAUGGGAGCAGGAGGGAUUGUAUGAUUGAAGAACUUAAUUGCAAAGAGUGUUUCAGCUUUUUAUUUGGUUUCUUUUUGUCUUUGGAAGUAUGACUCGUAAGAGGCAUCUGUAAAUAGCCAUGGCGAAAAAAUAUUUGAAAAAGAAAAGAAAAGAAAAGAAAAGAAAAACAAAACAAACAAGAAAAGACCAAGCAAAUGUAAUAUCUCAUUUUAAUGUCAAUCAGCUUUCUUUCUGCGUUGCCACUUCGUACGCUUAAUGUCAAAUGUACAGAGGAUGGAACUGAAUAUUAAGAGAUGCAUAUAGUUCUUUCCUAAA